AUGGAAUUAUUUCCAAGUUACGACGGUUCUUGCCACCCAGAUGAUUGGUUUAACAAUUUAAAAUUCGUUGCAGCACUUCAUGGAAUAUCAUCAGAGACGGUCCUAGUAGACCUUGCGCUUCUUAAAAUAAGUCGAGCGAUUCGAAAUAAUAGUAGUGGGUCUAUAACAAAACUCUCGCAAGUAAUAGACCUCCUGAAGGCAGAUUCAUCGUAUAAGAUUUUCAAAUUGACUUCAGAAAAAAAACUUUCAGCACUGAGAUUUACACAUUUAUGUGAUGUCAGAGAUUUUAUUGUUGAACUAAGACAAUUACUAAGUGACGCUGAAAUUUUUAAUUUAAGUACACAAAAACAAUAUAUUGCAAAAAUUUUAUCUAGCGAAAUGCUAGCGAAUGAUUUUAGUUCAAAAAUUGCAAAUGCAACAUCUGUUGAUGAAGUUUUUAUUAAGCUCCAAAAAUCACUUUAUAAGCUUAAACGUGUAGUUAAAUAUGGGUCUGUAAUUGCUUUGCGCCACAUCGAUACUAAUAAAAUUUUAUCGAGUACAUUAAAUAAAUAUAGCGGCGGUUCAAAGCAAUAUUGGGUUUUCGCAAAAGAUGGUAAUGUGACCGAUUUCGAAUCGUGGACUAUAAUGCCAGAAGUUAUCGUAUUGAACACCCCACCAAAAUAUGGGGAUAAAAAAGAAAAAGGCUCAUUAGUUUAUUACGGUGAUAAAAUAACUUUGAAAAAUAAUGGCACUGGCCAUAAACUACAUUCACACUGUGGUCCUCAAUCCCCAGUAACUUCACAACAAGAAGUCUCAUGUCAAACAUGGAAUAAUUUCGAUGACAAUUGGAUAGUACAACAUAAUAUCUAUGACAUAGAUCCUGAAAAAAAGGAACCAUUGAUCGAAUGUCACGAUAUUGUUUUUAAGCAUAUCCCGACAAAUUCAAUGCUAUGUAGUCAUAAAUAUAUGUUAAAUAAUAACAAUCAGGAGGUUACAUGUUUUGGAUAUCAAAAAAUUAAUCUUACGAAGUGGCACAUAGAAAUUUUGGAUAUGUAA